AUGUCCCCCAUGCCUGUUAACAACACCUUCAUCAAAAGGACCGAUGCUAUGCCGCAUGUUGCUGGUACAUACAAGAUGUCACACCCUCCAGCUUCAUCUCACCAAUUUACCAUCAGCGCAAGGUUCCUGAGUACCCUCCCCUGGAGUUCAAGGAUGACAACGGCAAAGAUCAGCCAGUCACAAGGGCACAGCCAGCCUGCAAAACCGCCAAAGCAACUGCUAGCUUGUCCCAAGCAGAUAUUCUGGCCCACUUCGACAGAGAUUGUCCAAUCACAUGGGGAAAGUAAAACCGAGGACCCUGCGAGCAACAACAAGGGAUGUUCAUUGGCCCAAGAGGAGUUAGACAAGAGAUGGGAGGCUUUUCAAGUAAAGGAGUACCAUAGCAAAGGAGUUGUUGGAUCCUGGGCAAGCAGACAGUUGGAAAAAAUAGAACACUUUGGUGAAGUGUUCCUGUCCAUUGUAUAUGAGCUGUACCAUAUGUUUCUCGCCACUGAGAACAAACAGCUUGUCCAGCUAGAAUCUUCAGUUGUGCAAAACAAAGUAGCUGUUGAAUGA